AUGAAUGUUGCUGCUGCUGCUGCUGGUGUGUUGACUUGUAGUUCAGCUGUUCUAAAAACUCUUCAAUACAUCCAACAUUGUUCACUCAUAACGAUCAUUAAAAUGAUGUUUUACAAUUUGCAUAAUUUUAAGGGGAUUGAAGCAUCUCGAGAUUACUUUGUUUGUCGACGAAACUCUCAUUGUGGUUUUCGCAUGACUUGA